AUGCUACCUCCUCCACUCGACGAUUCUGGACGCCGUAACGACUACUUCACCAUCAACCCUCCCGCCUACACCCACUAUUCCACCGAGACACCUUGCUGCUCCCCCAACUUCUCGCCCGUUUGCGAGUCUUCAGCCUACCCAGAACAUCCUUUGCUGGCCUAUUGUGAAGUCGAAUCACCGGUCUACGAACCCACCUUGCCCGAAAUGGCCUCCAGUCUCAUGUCAAUGCAGACAUCAGCGGCCCACGGCCACAGCAAUCGACCAAGGCCACAUCCAGUCCAGAACGUCCUGCAUGUGACUAGCGACGACUCGACCUCCAGCAGCAGCUCAUCCUCCAAAUCUUCCUCCAUCGACUCCAACAUGUCAUCGCCCGAGUUCGCCAGAUGCUCUCGAUGCCAGAGGACGCCUAGCAUCGAUGUCAAGACUGGAGGGAGCAACAUGGUUCCAUAUGGCCUGAACUUGUGGUACUGCUUGAGAUGUGCACACCUCGUUGGCUUUGACAAGCGCUGA